AUGGCGAAACGAGCUAUUUCUAUGGGUGACAACCACUGCUUCUGGAAGACUAGCAAGUUUCGAGCUAUCCAUAGCUCCAAACCAGCUGACAUCUCAGUUACCAAAUUAAAGAGUACAAAGGCAUUUGUGUAUACUGCUCUGUUCUACUUUGCCAUAAGUGAAACUAUAGAAAUCAUAUGCAGUAAUCUUUUGAAUGCUAUAUAUACUCAUACAUGCACAUCUAUUUAUAGUGGGAAAUCUUUUGAUUUGUUUUUGCAGCUUGUUAAUUUAAGGACUACUACGCCUCCACGACUUAUGUCCCAGUGUCUAUCAAAUAACAAAAGAGCAGCUUUAACAGAGAUAAUUGAUGUGUCACGAGCUGUGUGUCGUGCGCAUAGUUUGCCACUGGCAUUGACAUGGAUCCCCUGUUAUUAUAGUGAGGGGAUAGGAGAUGAAGCUUCAAGAAUACGGAUUAAAGAUGGGUGUAAAAUUCCCGGUGAAAAAACUGUACUAUGCAUUGAAGAAUCAGCUUGCUAUAUAAAUGAUAUUGUGGUAGGAGGAUUUGUUCGUGCAUGUGUUGAACAUUAUCUCGAGGAAGGGCAAGGUGUAGCUGGGAAAGCGCUUCAAUCAAAUCGUCCAUUCUUCUAUUCCGAUGUGAAGGCCUAUAAUAUUAGUGAAUAUCCCCUUGUUCACCAUGCGCGAAAAUAUAAGUUGAAUGCUGCCGUUGCAGUCAGGCUAAGGAGUAUUCAUACCAAUGAUGAUGAUUACAUAAUAGAAUUCUUUCUACCUGUCAUUAUGAAUGGAAGUCAAGAACAGCAACUUUUAUUAGACAAUCUAUCAGAUACUAUGCAGAGAAUGUGUCAGAGUUUGAGGAUAGUUUCGGAUGAUGAAUUAUACGGGAUAGAAGGUUCGCAAGUGCAGUUUUCAAAGGAAGAAGGCUCGAGUUUUUUCUCUAUGUCUAGGGGAAAUUCUCAUAUGGCGCCGGAAGGUGACCAUGAUUCGGUCCAGCCUAUGUCCUUGACAAACAAUGAAACUGAAGCUGCUCAUAACCAGGCAAUGGAUGGAUCAAGAAAGCAGACUGAGAAAAAGAAAAGUACAGUGGAGAAGAAUGUUAGCUUGAGUGUUCUCCAGCAAUACUUCUCCGGUAGUCUUAAAGAUGCGGCUAAAAGCCUUGGUGUUUGCCCAACAACCCUGAAAAGGAUAUGCAGGCAACACGGAAUCGCAAGAUGGCCAUCGCGCAAGAUCAAUAAAGUUAAUCGUUCGUUAAAAAAAAUACAAACCGUGCUUGACUCAGUCCAGGGUGUGGAAGGAGGACUGAAGUUUGAUCCUUACAAGGGGGGAUUUAUUCCAGGAGGAUCAAGCAACCAAGAAAUUAAUGCACAUAAAAGUUCUCUCUUCCGGAAGAAAUGUUCUGGAAAAUAUCCUGAUCCUGCAUCAAAAGAUGCAGUCACCGUAUCUCCGGCAUCUGGUAGCAAAGAUUCAAAGCCAAUAGGCAUGGAUGAUGGUGGAUUACGGCAGGAACCCUUUCCGGUUUCUAUUUUGGAAAGUUCUAGGUGUGAUAUAGUAUAUCACAGUCCAAACACCCUGGUUGCCGAUGAGAUGGAAAAUUAUCUGAAUGGGGCUGACAAGCUCGGCGAGCAUCACAAUCCCACUACUUCAAGCAUGUCAGACUCGUCAAAUGGCUCUGGCUCUCGGAAAUUUGAGAAUCGGAAACAUUUGAAAGCCAAAUCACCUUGUGUUGAUAAGGGAUCAAAAAUUAUUGUCAAAGCUGCCUACAAAGAAGAUAUGAUCCGUUUCAAGUUUGAUCCUGCAGCUGGUUGUCUCCAGCUCUAUGAACAAGUUGCAACAAGAUUUAAAUUACAAAUCGGAUCAUUCCAGCUGAAGUAUCUCGACGAUGAAGAGGAAUGGGUGAGGAUGGUAAAUGACUCAGAUUUGGAAGAAUGCAUAGAAAUAUUGGAUGAUCUUGGCACCCGUGCUGUGAAAUUUCUUGUUAGCGACAUGCCUAGUGGUUUGAGCAGCAGUGGCAGUAACAGUUGAUGAAUUCAAUGAAGCACAAGAAAUCUUUGAUCCAAAUAACCCCAAUGACACAUCUAAGAUAUUCCAUAGAAAUGUCUUCAUCCGACUUGUGUGGCUAAAAAGCAAUACUAAUGAAAUAUUGUUGACGGACGAAUUCAAUGUGGCAACUGAAUUCUUCAAUCAACAUAUUUCAUUAGCAUUGCCUUUUAGACACACAAUCAGAUGAAGAUGUUUCUAUGAAAUUUUCUGAAUGUGGCAUUAAGAUUAUUUGGAU